AGGUAUAGAAGAGCUACAUGCCAGAUAAAAUUAUACUUAUGUCAACGAAAUAAACCUUUCUAGCUAAAAUAAUCUGUCAGCUACCUUGUUCAACAUCACCCAUUGAACUCCAAAGAUAGAAGAAACAAGGAACCAUAACUCUCUUGCUAAAAGCAAUGUAGCAAUAGAUGAUCAACAAAUUCACCACUACAUAUACAUAAGCAACACCUUGACAAUAAUAAAAUUCCAUCUAAUAUUAUCUACAGCUAAGACACACAUUGACUUUCUACACAAUUUUUUUGAAACUUUGUUACACCAAAUACUUGUCCCUGGAAACUACACUUUAUUAUAAAAUUUUAAUGCUUCGUAGUAAGAGUGAACACUGAAUUUUUUUGUUAUGGUUUAAGCUUCCAUUUCAUACAACAAGCUUCAUUAGCCAACAUAGUACUUAGAAUACAACACGUUUAUAAGAGUAUCAACAAGGUGUAGCUCUUUUCUUUUUAUAGGUAACAAGGUGCAACUCUCAAUCAUGAAAUGCAUGAAUAGGCUAGGGGUGGGUUCCACACAUGAAGCUUAUCAACCCCGUAGGAUUCCUAAUAAGAGAACAAGGAAGCAUCUCCUUAUUCUCAAUCCUCUCAGCAAUUGAACACAAACCAAGGAACACUUCCUUUAAGUUUGUUCCCCACGCCAGACAUCAUGCCAAAUUGGAUCCUCCUUGCAUCUCCUACCCAAAUUGGAUCCUCCUUGCAUCUCCUACUCAAAAUUUGAAUUCUUCAACUCCCAAAAACCCAUACCGUGAUCAUGGCAGCAGUUUUUCUGGGAAAGAUACGGCACAACCUGGGGCAGAUUUUUUGUCUAAUAUUGAUGUGAUUGCCAAAAGAGAUUUGCUGACUCUAGAGAUCUCUUUACUUGUGGAGCGUGGGAUAGAGGGGCAGUGGGCUGUAGUUUCUUCUUUUAUUAAAGAUGUGAGCUCCAAUCAAAAUAGCCAUGGAAUGAGGCCCAACACUUUCAAGGGCCGUAACAAGCACACCCAAAACUGGGCUCCCAAACCUAAGCCUAAAGCCCAAACCGUCUCUCAGCAACUCAUUAGUUCUAAUUUAAAAGCCACCCACUCUCAUCAAACCACCAACUCAUUGCCGAUGAAGCUCAUCUCCCCCUCCAUGCAUCCUCCAUCUAUCAUUACCACCAACGGCACUUCUAACCCACUGAGGAGCACCACUAGUAACGAUACCGACUUGCCUCUGACACCCACCAUCAUCAAAGACGCCACUUCCCUUCUGUUGUCUGACAUCGUCAUCUCCCCUCCAGUGACGAACAGUCCCACUCCUCCAUUGACGACCACCAUCUUUAACGACACCUCUUCCCAACUGGUGAUCGGCAACAUUAUCUCCCUACCAGUGAAGAACAGCCCCACCUCCAUCUGCCGCAGCUCUUCUCUGCCACGGGCUGAUUCUUUAGAAUUUGGGUUUGUGUCAGGCAUUAAUCCUCCACUGUUGUCCAACAACAUUUCUUAGUCGAGCACUCCUGUUGCUCCGGUGCUAGUUAUUGCUGAGGAUUGUCUUGUUGAGCCUCACCCCUCCAUUAAGAAUUUCGUUGAAGAUUUGGAGCACACCUGUGGUAAUUCAGAGAAAUGGGUCUUAGAGCUUCGUGGGGGAGGCAGAUUACUAUUCCUCUCUCGCUAUACCACUCACUUGGGAGCAUGUCGAAUUUUUCCGAUCUCGAGGGAGCUGUGGGACAGGGUAACAACACUUUCAAGGAAGAAGGGCAUCUUGUCAGUUGGGCGGAUGAUUGUGUUGGUGCUUUGAAUAAUUUUUCUAGGUCAGAUUGUGAGUUGGGGGACUCUAAUGAGGGUCUUGUAAACUGGGAAAAUUUUAAAGAACCGCUGGUUGUGCAACCUUUGGUCAUGGCUAACCCAGUUGCUCCACUUGUAGAAGUGGCAGUUGCCUCCUCUCAAUUAUCUCCUUGGGUUGAGAAACGUAUUAAAGCCUUUAGGAAAUCUGUGGGUACUUCCUUGGAAGGCUUCGAAGCGAAAAUUACUAGGAUUUUUUUAGCUUUGGAGGCUAGGAAGAAAGCUAAAAUGCAGGUAGAAUGCUCUCAGAAGAGAGAGCUUAAGUCAAGUUCUAAAGGUCCAUUUAGUUCGAGGUUGGCGUUGGCGACAUAAUUAAAUUUUGGCAUCAUGUGUGGUGUGGAAGCUGUACUCUCCGGGAGGCUUUUCUGGAACUCUAUAAUAUUAGUUGUAAUAAGGAGUCUUCCAUUGCAGAUGUUAUGCACUUUCCUAACCAGAGGCUUUACUGGGAUCUUCUUUUUUCUAGAGCUCCCCAAGAUUGGGAAUCUGAACAUUUCUACACUUUUUUAGAUCUAAUCAAUUCUUUGCUCAUUAAUGGUGAAAGUUAGGACAAACUUUGUUGGAAACCAAAAGGGAAUAAGAAUUUUAAAGUGAGUGAGUUCUAUCUCUCCCUUUCCUCUACUCUUGACAUUUCUUUCCCUUGGAAGCCUGUGUGGCGUUCAGAGGUCCCUCCUAGAGUUGUUUUCUUCUCAUGGACUGCAUCAUUAGGUAAGAUAUUGACUACUGAAAAUUUAUGGUAUAAGGGUGUUGCAGUUGUCGAUUGGUGCUUUAUGUGUAAAAAGAGUGGGGAAUCGGUGAAUCACCUUCUCCUUCAUUGUCCUAUUGCUUAUGAUUUAUGGUCUAUGGUGUGGGUUCUUUUUGGUCUUCAAUGGGUUAUGCCGCAUGGUGUCUCUAAUUUAUUUUCGAGUUGGCAAGGUUCCUUUGGUGGGCAUCGGAGCAUUGAUAUAUGGAGGGCUGUCUCUCAUUGUGUCCUAUGGUGUAUUUGGCGAGAGCGGAACUCAAGAUGUUUCGAAGGGAAGGAGCGGUCUACUUCAGAUCUUAAAUCUCUUCUUCUUCAUACCUUGCUAGAGUGGAGUUCUUCCUUUAAUCUUUUCCCUUGUUCUAAUUUUUUAGAAAUGCUUGAUCUUUGUAAUUUAUGUGUUUGAUGUACUGUUUUCCUUGUUCACCCCCGGUGUACCUGGGCUUCUUUUUAAUACAAUUCCAUUAUUUAUCAAAAAAAAAAAAAAAAAAAUGAAACAAAAAAAGUUAGUCUAUCCUAACCACCUAUGAUACUUCUUCGGAGACAACACCCAUGAGGCCUCUGCACUUAUAAGUUAUAAUUCCAAUUAUCAUGUGCCUCUCAAUAUUCUACAGCAACAAACUAUCUCCGAAAACAAUUCGUUCUUAAAAAAGCACUAGAACCUUUCACCCAACAUAACUUGAUUAGAAAGAGGAGGAUUUCCUAAUCCCCAACCCCGCAUAUUUCAUAGAAUACCCAACUGUAUUCCAAUCCAACAAAUGAAACUUAAAUUCUUCAUUGGAUUCACCCCAUAAAAAUUGUUGUGGAGCUUCUUGACUGUAUUAUUCACACGAGUAGGAAAUGAUGAAUAGAGAUGGAAAACAGGUGGGUUGACUAGACAAAGUACUCUAAAGAAGUGUGAGCCUACCACCAUUAUACAAGUAAAAUUUCUUCCAUCCAACUUAUAUUGUUUCCAUCCUUUCUAAAGCUGUGAUCCAUACUCAAGUAGCCUUGAAGGAGAGCCCAAGAGCAAAUUGAGAGAGGUCAUGGGUAGAGAUCCCACCUUAUAGCACAAUAAUGCCGCCACUCCUCAACAAGAUGGCCUUAUCUGUAAGAAAGAGGUGAGAAAUUGUCAAUACGCCUCUAAUACUGCCCUUCACUUGGAAACCAGAAAGAAUCUGGCUAAAGAUCUCCAUAACCACAUUGAACAAUUGGGGAGGGAAUAGGUCCCCCUGCCUCAACCCUAAAGCUAUUCAAAAAUCUAGAAGGGUGCCAUUAACUAGAACUAAGAAUCUAACUAUGGAAAUAUGAGAAACUAUCUAUCUCUUCCUUUUAUCUCCAAAGAAAAAUUUUCCCAAUAAGUAAAUAACACAAUACCAAUUCACAUGGUCAUGUCUUUUCAAUACUAAUGACUCUUGGAACCGACUCCUUGAUUUUACUGUUGAAAUAUUCAUUAGAUUUUUUGAUUAUGAGUUUUCAAGGGGUAUCAACUGAAAACAACAUAGUUGGAUUAAAGUUCAGCCAUGCUAAUUUGAGGGGUGGUGACAGUUGGAUAUAUAAUAUGUAAAGCUUUUAUACCCUAUUAAGUUGCCAAGUAAAACUGUUGAUGUUUAAAUCCUCUUUUUGGUGAGACUUUACUCUGAGUAGAACAUUUUUACUUUAUUAUGGAAAUAUUGGUAUUGGCUUCAAGGUUGAUAAGUGGUUUUUGGUUCCAGCCUGGGAGCCUUCUAAUCUGGUCUUGAUGUCUUGCAACAUAUAUUUUUAGUCGUCUGAUGUUGACGGUAAACAAUGCAUGCAAAGUUCUUGCAUGCUUUGCAUAUAUCUUAUGUGGGUGCAACACUUGAUUAAUUCAAACUUUGUUUUUUUCAAACUUUGUUUUUCGUAUUUCUAUUGUACUGAUUUUUCUCAAGGUUCUUGUGGAAAUUAUUUUAGUAUUGAAGCGACAUCAUUGGUUAAACUUCUAUUAUGAUGAUAGAUAGUAAGACUAAGGGAUUCUUUGAUUUAGUUAUUGAAAAAUGGAUUAUUUAAGGCACAUGCAUCAAGGUCUGCUUAAUUGUUCUGUUUUGUACCCAUUUUAAAGUCGAAAGCUAAAGUCUGAGCUUGUCUUGUGGACAAAUGUC